AUGUCCAACCCAACACAAAUAAAUGGCAUCAAGAAACCAAGAGACAUCAAGAGGAUGAUCAAAAUGACUAUUUUAAAUCCAAGGUUCAAAGGCAGGCUUGCCAAUACAAAGCAACUUUUUGGUAAAAGGAAGGGUAAAGAUUUGAAAGCAAAGCUAACUAACCUCAAGACUAAUUUUACAAACCAGAAGCUACCAAAAAUCUCUCAAGGGGCCUCAAAGCUUACUAAGGAUAAGAAGAAGUCGACCGCUAGGAAGCUAAAGCCUUUGAACCUUAAGAAAGAUAUGUUAAUGAAUUGCAAGAUUAUCAGCCAGAAGAAGCCCUUCUCUCCUGCAAAAGCUCUAUCCCCUCUAAGGACGAAUUCUCCAGCUAGAGCUAGUAGGAGAAGGAAUCACAAGAAUAUGCUGUCUGCUCGGAAUGAUGACAUCUUUCCCUUUGGGAAGGAUAAGCGGGUUUUAAGCCAAGACAAAAAGCAAGCAGUCCCAACUAUGCUUUCAAAGGAGGAGAUAUCGCAGUGAGAGAUCAUUCAUCAAGAAAUGAUGACAAAAGUUGAGCAGCAAAUUGCCAAGGCAAAAGAAACAAGGUUUAGGUUCCUUUCCCCAGGCAAGCUAAUGAAAAAGCUACAAAGAUCCAUUGAUAGGAGCUUAAUUAUGAGCUUAGAGAGGGAAAUCAAGGCUCCAAAUCCCCAGAAUGUUGCUCAUAGUACUGUACUAAACAAUCCAUUACUUAACGAGAGUAAUAACUGUGAGCCUAAUUGCACAGAUUCUUUAGGGGAGGAACAAGAUUUGCUUAUCUUGAAGAAAAUAGGCAGUAAGAAAAAGUCGUCUAGAAAUAGAAGAAAUCUGCAAGCGAAUCAAUUCUUUCGCUCGCUCUAA